AUGAUAAUUCCCUCCAACAUCAUUUGGUUUGAUGACGAUGAUUGGUUAGGCUUAGAACUCUCUUUCCCGGCCGGCUCCACCUGGAGACUCACAAAGAAGAUCAAGGAGAGCGAGGACAUAUACUCCCAAAGUGAUCAUGAAGACGAUGUAGCUAUCUCCGAGGCUCGUGCGGUUUUUGUUGCUUCCAGAGGGCCUGGGGCGGCUCCAACGACAGCAGUACUCAAGGUUCAUAUGCAGAUACCGUGGUGGGGAAGCGCCACCAAAAAGCCACUCAUUCGGGCGCAGCAGGCUGUCCCGGAGACCUCCACAAGGGGCACGAGGGAAGUCGAAGCACUGACCCUCUUAACGAAAGCAGGUUGCUCUAGUACCCCACAUCUGAUCGACUGGAUGAAGAGGCAGCAAACUCAGGAUGAAUGGGUUCCGGGUGGAUACAUUCAUUUUAUUGUGAUGGAGAAGGUACCGGGUGUUGAUGUCUCCCUAAACUUUGACACACUGGACCGGAAAGAACGAGAUGAACUGAGAGCCGCUUUCAAGACAUCAUUUCUGGAAUGUACUGCAUGCGGAAUAGUGAACCGUGACAGUGGAUCUCAGAAUCUUCGCUGGGACGCGGAAAGGCAAAAGUGUUACAUAAUUGACUGGGAGAUGCAUCACCCGUCAAGAAAAAGGGACGAAAUUUGGAGCGAUAAAAAAUUUAUCAGUUGGAACUUAGCGAGGGUAGGGGAAGAUGGUGACUACGAUGACAUGUCGACGUGGACUCUCUAG